UACUCAAAAUUGGUCUUGUUGAUCUAUUUGGACGAUUAUCAAUGCCGGUUACUCGUAAUAUGUCUGGAAAACUGGAAAACGCUGAAGAAUAUCUUCGAGUCAAUUUAUCUUCACCGCAAGUUUCUUCUUUACCUGUUUCCUUAUCUGUUUCUGAUAAUUUUAAACACACCCCUCAUGUCAGCCCAGGUUUUGAUAAUAUUGCUAUGGGAGGUAGUGUAGUAGUAGACUCCGAUGUUGAUUCGGAUGUGGCUACCGAAUUAGAGAUCCUAGAGCUUAAGGUUCAAGAGCUUAGACUUCGCAGCAAACAACGAAAAUUGAAGAGCGAGCGCUCUCAACAAGUCAAGACUGCAGCCAGCUGCGUUCGAUCUUGCGCCAAUCCCUCGGAAAGCCAACUCCUAGACGGUAGCACCAUGUAUUGUACAGCACAACCAUCAGGGUCAAAUUGUACUGCCACUCCAGUCCAACCACUCCUGAACUCAGUUAGCCCCAUUAGAAUGCCUCAAAUUGAGAUGGAUAAGUUCGAUGGUACACCGACUAAGUUCUUGAAGUUUAUAAGAUGCUUUAACAUGUUCAUAGGAGAACAAACUAAUGAUGACAACCUACGGUUAAUGCAUCUUAUACACAAUUGUGUUGGUAUAGCCAAGGAGGCCAUAGAGCAUUGCAUUCUACUGCCCUCUGAGGUAGGCUAUAGGAAAGCCAUGGGGAUUUUACGAAGUCAAUUUGGCCAACCUCAUGCAGUUUCAGAUGCCUUCCUCUCCGAAUUACUGUCAGGCCCACAGCUGCAACCUGAAGAUAUAGUUGGGCUACAACGGUUGUUGAGACAGAUGACCAAUUGUGAGAUAGCCUUAUCUCAGAUGAAUCACAUGGCAGACUUGGACUGCUCUACCAACCUUAAGUGCAUUGUUCAACGUCUCCCUCGGCACCUACGAUGGAAGUGGGCAGAAUUGGUAAACGAUGGUUUACAGUUUGCUGAACCUAGCUUUCGUUACCUCAAAGAAUUCCUCGAAAGGCAACUGUCCUUGGCUACAAGCUGUUACGGCCAGAUAGCUAAUGGGAAUAGGAACAACAACGAAGUAGGGUCCAACGAUAAAAUGUCCAGAGCUAUGCCUUCGCACAGUGUUAAUGUCGUGAAGUCACGAGCCCAGAAGUCGUGCAUAGUUUGCUUCACAGAUCACGACUUAUGGGAAUGUCAACGCUUUUUGUCGAUGAGUCACAAAGAGAGACUAGCAGUGUCAAUGCGGCAUAAGGUGUGCUUCAACUGUUUGAAACUUAAUCACCGAGCUGACACUUGUCGUGCAGCAAGAGGUUGCGAUAUAGUAGGAUGCACUAGACGUCAUCAUAAACUUCUACACAAUGAAGAUAAUUCAGCAUGCAAGACUGUCAACUACUCUAGCACGGAAUCCGGAACUUCCUUUUUAGGAUAUGUGCCGAUUCGUAUCUUAGGUCCUAAAGGAUUUCUAGAUACCUAUGCCUUUCUUGACAAUGGUUCAGAUGCUACACUACUGCUGAGUCAUGUUGCUCGCCAAAUAGGACUGGAAGGGGUUAAUACAUUGAUGCAGGUAACAUCUUUCUGUGGAACUACUUCUCAGAAUUCAUCUAAGGUUGAUUUCGAAGUUGAAUCCUUAACGGGAGAUUACAAGACGAGGGUCAAGAGUGCCUACACCGUGGAAAGCUUACCUGUAAAGAGACCUAAGACUCCUUCAAACGAACAGAUGAAAAAAUGGCCUCACCUGGCAGAAAUUCCCUUUCUAGACGUCGAAUGUAAACAGGUCAGUCUACUAAUUGGGACUAAUGUACCUGAAGCACACUGGGUGCUGGAGCAGCGUAUAGGGAAAUCCAACCAACCGUUUGCAUCUUUGUCAGUUUUUGGUUGGUAUUUAUUGGGUUCAGGAAACGAAUAUAAAGAAGCAACCUCUAUCUUCUGCUUAGAGGAAAGUGAAUCAGUAGAGAACAAGCUUUUGCGAAUGAUUGAAGCUGAAUUUCAGGACAAGCACUCAUGCGAAAGGUCCAGUUCUGAAAUAGAUAAAGAGGUUCUGAAGGCAACCGAUAGGGAGAUAAGAUUGCGGAACGGACAUUAUGAAGUUCCAUUGACUUGGAAAGAGGACUGGCGUAGAUUACCGCCUAAUAGGUUUGAGGCAGAACGCAGGCUGGACAGUCUUCAGAAGAAACUAAAAAAGGACGAAAGCCUAUUAAAGUCCUACAAUCAAAUACUAACAGACCAUGAGUUGAAGGGUUAUAUUAGUCGCGUUCCUGACGACUUCUCCAAGAAACGUAGAUUUAUCCCUCACCACCCAGUUAUAAAUCCCCGCAAGCCUGGUAAAAUUAGAGUGGUUUUCGAUUGUGCCUUUAAAUGUAAGGGAAUGUCCUUGAACGAUUGUCUGUAUUCGGGACCUGAUCUGAUGAAUGACUUGGCUGGGGUACUAUUGAGAUUUAGAAAACAUCGGAUAGCCUUGUCAGCAGAUAUUGAGGAGAUGUUUCUUCAGGUUCACUUACCUGUCAAGGAUAAAAGUGCCUUUAGUUUCUUAUGGUAUUCUGAGGGUAGACUGGACUUACCACCGAGCCUGUAUGAAUUAAACGUACAUCCCUUCGGUGCUACCUCAUCACCUUUUUGUGCAGCCUAUGCUUUAAAACGAGCCGCAAUCGACAACGCGAAAUUGUUUGACGAGAAGACAUUAAGGACUGUCAGAGAAAAUUUCUAUGUGGAUGAUUGUUUAGUCUCAGUAGAAACAGUAGCAGAAGCCAUAGCUUUAUCCAACCAGCUGCGUCAGCUCGCCUCUCUUGGUGGAUUUCGUUUGCACAAAUGGAAUAGUAACAAUGAAGAAGUGUUAUCCAACAUUCCCGUUCGUGAACGGUCCUCAAACAUACUGCAUUUAGAAGAUUCGACGAAUGUCGAGAAGACACUGGGUUUAUGCUGGUGUGUCAAGUCAGAUUGCUUCAAGUUUGAAGUAAAUCUGCCAGUACGUCCGAUAACGAAGAGGGGAAUCUUGUCGUGCAUAGCUUCUUUAUAUGAUCCACUCGGUUUUGUCGCCCCACUACUACUUCCACCUAAAAGAGUAAUGCAACACCUGUGCCGAAGUGAGUUUGGGUGGGAUGAACAUGUUGAUGUGAGUAUCGGUGCCAAAUGGGAGGCUUGGCUUGUUGACAUUAAGAGAAUUAAGGAUCUAGAGGUUCAACGUUGUUUUCGACCCCAGACCUUCAGUCCUAUAGCAGUUUCAAUGCACUUAUUUUCGGAUGCCUCUGAAAUAGGUUUCGGUUCAGUAGCAUAUCUACGUUAUGAGUCCUGUUCAGGAGAAGUAAGCUGCAGCUUUGUUAUGGGCAAAUCUAGAGUGGCUCCCUUGAAGCAUGUCACCGUGCCACGUUUAGAACUACAAGCAGCCGUGCUCUCAGUGAAGCUGUUAAAAUACAUCUUAGAGGAAAUAAAGUUGGAACUAAGUGAUGUUUAUCUAUGGACAGAUUCUAUGAUUGUGUUAAGCUACAUCCGCAAUACCACAUCCCGCUUCAAAACCUACAUAGCUAACAGAGUAGGGUUUAUACUUGAUAACACUACGCGGCUCAAUGGCGACAUGUACCAACUAAUAUGAAUCCAGCUGACCUUGCUUCCAGGGGAAUAAAGAUGAGUGAGUACGAGCGUAUACAUACCUGGCUCGAUGGUCCUGAAUUUCUCAAAAUCCUAAAAAGGAUUGGCCGAAUUUCGAUGGAAAAGCGUGCCAAUAAUUCCAUCUGACAUAAAGCUAAAGCAAGCCACCAUCUUAACGACACAAACAGCCGUAAAUCCGAUAGACACCUUAUUCUCGUAUUUCUCUUCUUGGACAAAACUUCGUAGAGCGGUAGCCUGGUUAAGAAGGUUUAAAGUUUUUCUACUAAAACGUCUAGUGCAAGGCCCUUUACAAACGUGUGAGAUGUUAGAGGCAGAGGAAGAUAUCCUUAGAUACGUGCAAAAACAAGAGUUCGGUAAAAUCAAAGGAGUUAUGUGUGAACGCUAUUUGGAUAGUAAAUACAAGCCACUCCUUCAACGUAUCAAGAAACUGCAUCCUGUCAUCUUAGGUGACUUGAUAUGUGUCGGCGGACGACUGAAUAAUAGUCAACUGUCAAGUUCGGAAAAACAUCCAGUUAUAUUGCCAGGAACUCAUCCUGUCACGGAGGUUAUUGUUCGUUAUUAUCAUGAGACUGAAGGACAUAUGGGAGUAGCCCAUCUUUUGUCAGCAUUGCGUAUGAAAUAUUGGAUAUUGAAAGGAGCGGCAGUAGUUAAGCGUGUGGUGAAUAAAUGCAUCGGUUGCCGAAUCAGGUCUGCAAAACCUACUGAACAACUGAUGGCAGAAUUACCCAUAGCAAGGGUCACGUCAGAUUUUCCAUUCUCUAGCACCGGGGUAGAUUACUUCGGCCCCUUUAUCGUUAGGCGGGGGCGGACUACAGA